AUGGAACGCGGUAUGCCGGGCAGCUGGAUUUCAAGCAAGUUGCAUCCCAACAGAAGGUCACCUUCACCCCAUGGGCCAAGCCACAGCGGGAGGGGCGCCACCACGUACUCGCCAUCACACCCUCCAUUCUAUGGCUUGCGCCGGAGCACUGAAACAGAGAACGAGAUGGUGCACUACAGGCGUGAGCAGGGACGAUACGUGCCUCAUCAGGAUGGCCAGUCGGCGUCACUAUCGCACAGACACCUCGCCAGGUGCCCGAGCAAACUCCUUCGCCAGAGCAGCUUUUCAAAAGGAGAUCCGGUUCGUCAGACAGCUCGACUACCACCAGCUGCUCCCGCACAAGCGCCGAAUCCAGCCAAAGGGCCCCUCAGGGUCACAAGGAGUGACGCGUGGAUUCGGUUCCUCGCAUAUGAGGGAUGCUUUCAAGUAUGUUUGAAGGCCAGCUCCAACAACAUUUCGGAUGCCCAAUAUUUUAUGAAGGACGGAUGCAAGAUAUUGAAGGACACUUUGGUGGUGCACGACAUGUUGCUGCCUAUGCCAAUGGCGUCGGACGCUACCGCGAGCUUUGGCCUGGAAGAUUACUCCAUAAUUACAUGGGAUGAUCCAGUUCGAAGCGGUGAGGGACCACAGAGGCAGCCAGUUUGUGGCCCACAAGAAUCUCCUCUAUCUCCAUACAUCAGGUCAACGCCAUGUCUGAAGGUUCGCUUCCAGGGGUACUGCCACAUCGCCACCACCAAAGGGUGGCUUCAAAGGCUCAAGCGCUUUCGCGGGAAGAAAUACUUGGACCCAGAAUUCACAGGUGUCUGCGUGCACCACGGGGGAACAGGCGAAUAUUUUCAUGCAUAUCUGGAUGGCAGUGGCAAUGUCGAGAAGAUCAGCGGCCCUGCUCAAGGGGAGCUGACGUACCUCCCAGAUCACAUGGGCUCGUACGUUGUGGUGGAUUUGUUCAACAACGAGAUGCACAUCGCUACAGGGAGGACUUCAAUUUCGGCGCUGGUGAAUCAACAGAUGAAUUUGGCACCCAACGCGCCAUCCGGCCACGUUCCAGGCAGAUUUACAGAGAGGCCCCCCCACAGCCCCGACAUCGGGGACCUCGAUGUGGAAUCUGCUGCAGGGUGCCUUGAAUUUAUGAGAUCACCUUCUAUUAAUUCCAGAACAUACGGUGGCGUCAGAAAGGUUCAGAAGCCUUCCCGGUUUCGCCGGCGGAGCCAAAGUCCAGACAUACUGUACAACCCAACGGCAGGAGGGACCCAAGUCGAUGUGUACAGUGUGAAAAGGAAAGGGUUGAGGCUUGGAAACGCCACACUCGCCAUCGAGGAGGACAUUCAAGAGGAAAUGUGGCAAGACAUGUCCCCAGAUCGAGUUCAGGAUACCAGAGCAGCGCCUUCCCAACCAGAUCCACCGCAGAAGGAUGCCCCUGGCAAAGGUUUUCUGAGAAUUAGUGCCCAACAGACAUACGAAUAUAUUAUGGGCGCAGCGCUUGUGGUGGAUGGCUGCGGCAAGCGGAAGUUGAAGCUGGACGGCGAAUGGAAAUGGCUGUUGGACGAAUUCUCAAAGCAUUUCUCCAUUCGGAAUGCCUUUGUUCUCUUGUGCCACAUGAAAUGGGUAAUGAGGAGCGAUGUACAGACGUGCACAGCGCAGUGCUUGGAUCUCAUCUUCAACGAGUACACUGCUCUCAGGCAAGAACAGGACGAGAUGGGACUCCGCGAUCACGAAUCUGUGCAGAUGAGCAACAUCACCCGAAAAAUACUGGAUUUACUGGCUAGGACUUUCGAGAAUUAUUACAGUUUGUCAGAAAUAGCGGAGGAUGGAAUCCAGGAGGGCAAUGGGCUUCCAUUUGAAAUUCCUCCAUCUGCACUGGAGCCCGCUGUGAUGCUCCUGGGCCGCAUCCAUGAUUCCAAUAGCCCGGAAGAUCAGUCCUGGUUGAAGCAGAGGUUCCAAAUCGCCGCCAGGAAGAAGUAUCAACGCUUGCAAUGCUCUUGUGACGAAGAUCAAAACCGAGGACCGCCAUGCCACGCAGAGAGCAUGACUCCAUCGAUGCCGCGCUCAACGACAGCGGGGCACCACAUCAAUGUUCAUGGAUAUCGCCAGAGCGUCAAUGCCCUUCCAAAUUCUGCAAACACAAAGCUGCAAAUCUACAAGAAGAUAGAGGCGCUGGCUAUGGCUUUGAGAAGCGACUUGGACGUUGACAGGAAAAUCCAUGAGUCUGCUGUCCUCCCUCAUUUCCUCUGUCUACCCAGCGUGACAUCGGUGGUAUUCUGUCAGGAACUGGAGGCGAAACUGAAGGAUAUGCUCGCCACCACUCCUCCAGAAUACCCGAGCGAGGCUGCCAUUGACAUGCUCGUUGGGGUUGGAAGGUUGCAGGAGUACUUGGAAAGGCAUAAAUUGGCACUUCCUAAAGGACAAAAAGGCCACUUGGAUGCUUUUGGACUUUUCAGCGGCUUUGUGACAAAGUGGAUCGACGCCUCCCAGGCGAAUCUCAUUGGUCAUUUCCAAUCUCUUCAACCAAAAAAUGCUGUUAUUCAGGGCUUAACUCGAAGGAGAUAUGCUGCUGGCUUUGACAGCAACGGUGGAAUGGGGGAUUCGGCAACGGUGGCGGCAGAAACAAUGCGAUCUAUCGAAGAAGAAAUGGUGAAAUUUGAGAGAGUGGUGGUGUAUUGGCACAAGUUCGGCCCUUUUCUAGAGACUGCCAUUUGUGCCGUGGUUCGAGCUGUUCUGACAACAAUCAUAACUAGAGCUGGAAUUUCGAGACCCACAGAGUUUACACAGAGUGUCAACGACGAUGCCCUGGAUUUCCGCUACCCAGAACAACAACGCGCGAUGUCCCCCAACAUUGCGCACGCCAGAAGGAUGACCUCCAGACCUCGAAGCCCCUUUGGCCAAGUCCAAAGGGCCCACAGCACCACCACGUGGCGCACCAUGGCUUCUGGCUAUCGCCGAGCAGGAGAAUUGUCACAUAUGCGGGGAGGGAGAGCAGAGAUUGACAAACGAGAGGCCAUGCUGUUGAACUCAUUGAGGCGAAUGCUUGGCGACGUUCCCCAAUUUGAGCAGACACUCAAGGACUGGUGCGGCUUCUCUGAGGGCCGGGGAGAGGUUUCAAGCUUAGAAACGGAUGAGGUGGCUGCGCGCAGCAAUGUACCGCCUACAGUGGGUGCCCAAUUCGCACAAGUUGUGAAGGAGCUUCGCACUGAGUACUCGCACGCCACAGUGUCGACCUGUGAACGGAUGGCCCGAGUCAUUCUAUCGAACCCGAGGUACUCCAUGGCGUCCAUCCUGCACCAGGUGCGGUCAGGAAACCAUGCAGGACAAGGGCAGCACCAGGAUGUGGAGCACCAGGUGAACCCUCUUCUUCAGGCGUUGGAGGACACGGUGGAGGGCCUCCACCAGUGCCUGGACUCAAGAGUAUUUGUGACACUGGUUCGUGGGCUCUGGGAGAACAUUAGCGAAGAGCUGUAUCUGUACGUAGAAAACCUGCAGGAGGGACAUGACCACAAGGGCGCCUGGCGUUCCCGGCAGAACGCGUCCAUUCUUUUGGAUGUUCUGAAUCACCAUUUCCGCAGCAUCAUGACUCGCUACCUGGAGCACGACAUUACUGAAAAGGAUCUGGAGCUGCCCAUGCACGCGAGUCAAACGCAAAAGCUCCUGGCGGAGAAUUCUUCUGCAGCCAACAUGUCAUACACUGUGUAUUGA